AUGGGCUCCAACUCUGGGGAGCCAGAGCUCUUGCCCUGUGGGUCCUGUGACAUGGUUUUCCGCUCCGGGGCCCUGUUGGCCAUCCACACUCAGCGCUUUUGCAUUGGCCGCCUGACCCGGGAAGGGACAAAUAAAGCACAGCCCUCAGUAGCUACGGAAUCACAGGGUACCGCGGUAAGGAGGGGGCUGGUGGAUAUUCCAGAGAGCUGGGAGAUCAAGAUUCCUCAUUUUGCAUUCUGUUCCCAGGUUGUGUCGGGAGAACUCCAGGGCCGCUUGGAGCAGGAGGCCAGCACAUCUGCUCUAAAAAGGUUAACAGAGGAGGUGCAGUGGCUGCGGCUGUCCUUACAGAAAAUGGGUCCCUGGAUGACAGAAGGCCCCACCUCCGAGGUUGCAGGGAGCCCUAACGAGAGACUGCAGGCGCUGUAUAGGACCCGCGCCCGGCGCGUGGCAGAGACGCAAGCGCAGAGCCGGGCACUGGAGCGACGCGGCAACGAACUAAGCUGGCGCCUCCAAGGUGGGCCCCGGGGAGGGAUAUCCCGCUUAUUCGGUCUAGAACGGCAACUUCGAGAACUCCAGGCAGAGGCCGGGCAGACACGGGGAGCUCUAGAGAUGUUGAAAACGCGCCUUCAAGAACUUCAGCCCCAGACCGGGACUCUGCCGAAUGCCUGGCGGGAUGCUGAGCUCAAUUGUCCUGUGCUGCAGGUCAACCCAGGAACCUUAGCUGCCGAGAUCCGGGCCCUGCGUGAGGCCUACAUGCGAGGCGGGGGCCGGGACCCCGGUGUUCUGGGCAAGAUAUGGCAGUUACAAGUGGAGGCGUCAGCACUGGAACUGCGGCGGUCGCAGAAUCGCAGGGAUAAAGCAAGUGCAGCCUCGGGGGAGCUUCUAGUAUUGGAAGCAGAAAACCGGCGCCUAGAGGAGAAUAUCCUGGCCUUGCAGAUGCAGAGAUGCCGGGCCCAGACUCUUCCUCUGUUCCUAGGGCCCAGGGAGGCACAACUCCUGGCUGGUCCCUGCACAAGUCCAGGGGGAAAGGGAGAUCCCCCACACCUCCCUCCACCKGUGGCACCCCCACUGCCACCACUUCCAGGCUCCACAAACCCACCACUUCCUGGAACCAUGACAAAGAACCUGAGUCUGGACCCACACUUCCUUUUGCCCACAUCUGAUGUGCUGGGCCCUGCACCAUAUGACCCCGGGGCUGGCUUGUUCAUUUUCUAUGACUUCCUUCGAGGCCUUGAUGCUUCUUGGAUUUGGGUGCAACUACUGACUGGCUUGGCCCGAGAUGGACAGGAUACAGGAGGGACCACAGCAUUGCCCCCAGCCUUUUGCUUGCCCCCACCUCCAGCUCCUGGGCCCAUGGGAAACUGUGCCAUCCUUGCCAGCAGGCAGCCUGUGCCCAGGCUGCCGCCAUCACCGUCAGUAUCUUUGGUGUGUAAGCUACAAGCCUGGCAGGGGUUGGCAUGGGCUAGGGCACCACAGCCAAAGGCUUGGGCCUCACUGGUGCUAUUUGACCGGGAUCWGCGUGUGCUAAGUGGCCGUUGGCGCCUUCCACUUCGGGCUCUUCCUGUGAACCCCAGCCUCAGCUUUGGGCAGCUGAAUGGGAUUCCCCAGGCAGGUCAGACUGAGCUCUUUCUGCGACUGGUGAAUGCAAGAGAUGCAGAUGUCCAGACGUUGGCAGAGAUUAAUCCAACAAGUGCCCAUGAGUACCAGUACCCACCGGUAUCCAUAUCAUCUUCACUGGAAACAAGUUCCCUCAGCCCCAAGGCUGGCUUUGCUGAUCCCCCACCUCCUACAGAAAAGUCCUUUGGCAGAGUCAAGACUAAAGAUGAAAUUUUGAGCUAUGACCSAUCCCCACAGGGGAGCUAGAGGGAACGUGAGGCUUAUUCCCAGACCUGUAGCUUUUACUACUCCAUAAAGUUUAGAAGCAAAUGAGCUUGUGAAUUCUAAYCACAUCUGUAUCACCUUUGGCAAGUAGUUGAUCUUUCUCCAACUGUUUUCUUUUGUAACCAUUUACUGAGGAUUAAAUGAAUCUGUCAGGUAUUUACAAUAUUACCUGGCACUCUCUUUUUGUAAAAGCCAACUUUAGUGCUAAAUUUCAUAUCAGAUUCAUCAGGAUUUUUUUUUUUUCUUUUUAGUAC